AUGGGCAACACCAAACGAAGAGGCAAGAAGAGGAUUCGAGCCUUCACUACAGACGAGAGAGCUUCCCAUCGUGUGAUUGAGAAACAACGACGAGAAGCCCUGAAUGAAAGCUUCCUCGACCUCGCACGGCUGAUCCCAGCGCUCGCGCCGGUUCGUCGCCUGUCCAAGUCCCUCAUUGUCCACGAAGGUAUACAGCAUCUCAGGGCACAGCGUGCUACGUGUCUCGCUGCUGCCAGUGAGGUACAAGCCAUUCUUGCUGAGAACAUCCAACUCAUUGUCGAGGUCAACAGCUGGCGUGAGCAAUACGGAUCUGGCAUGGGCUCAAGCCAAGUCAAGCCAGUCGGGGAUGCUGUGCUA